AUAACUCUGUUCUUUUUCGAAAAAAUCUGAAGGAAGUGGCAGGCUGAAGCUCCUACUGAAAUGAUCUGGAAAAUUGUAUUUAUCCUUUUCUACUUUCAAAGAAUUCUUUGCCUUAAUGAAGUAAGAUGGUGCACAAUAUCCGACCCAGAGAACAGAAAAUGCAAUGACAUGAAAGCUGCUUUCGGACAAGCUAAAAUCACUCCUACUUUAUCUUGUGUGAAUGGAAAAUCAGGAAUAGAUUGCGCACACAUGAUAAAGAAUAAUGAGGCCGAUGCAGUGACUCUUAAUGGUGGAUUAAUAUAUCAAGCCGGCGCCAAAUAUAACUUGAGACCUGUGGUUGGAGAAGUAUAUGAUCAAGGUGUGGGGACGUCAUACUAUGCUGUGGCCGUUGUAAGAAAAAACUCUACAUAUACCAUAAACAAUCUGAAAGGAGCAAAAUCUUGUCAUACUGGUUUCGAGAGGACUGCUGGAUGGAACGUGCCCAUUGGAUAUCUCAUUGACACUGGCCGCAUUGCUGUUGUAGCUUGUGAUAUCAAAAGAGCUGUGAGCAACUUUUUCUCCAAGAGCUGUGUGCCCGGCUCCUUCCAGCAGGGUCUUUGUCAACUGUGUAUUGGAGAUGCCAAUGGCAACAAUGUGUGUGAUCUAAAUGGCGGCCUCGAGAGAUACAGCGACUAUAGUGGAGCUUUUAGGUGUUUGGUUGAAGGACAAGGUGAUGUGACAUUUAUAAAGCAUAGCACAGUGGCUGAAAAUUCAGAUGGCAAAAAUACAGAUCCGUGGGCUCGGGACGUGAUUUCUUCUGACUACCAGUUACUGUGCAGAGACGGUAGCCGCGCAGAAGUCAGUGAAUGGAGACAGUGUAACAUUGCAAGGGUUCCUGCUCAUGCUGUUAUGACCCGGAUUAACACAGAUGGAGCCCUCAUUUAUAAAAUGCUUCAUGACGGCCAGCAGAGAUAUAAUAGUCAUGGCUCUGGCUUCAGAAUGUUUGACUCUUCAGCCUACAAUAGUAACAACCUGCUUUUCAGAGACGUGACAACAGAGCUGAGAGCCAUUGCUAACCAGACAUACCAGGCCUGGCUGGCGGAUGAGUAUUUGCAGGCAGUGAAAGGAAUAGACUGUGAUCCUGACCAAUUGCCUAAAUCCCUGCGUUGGUGCACCUUAUCCACACAAGAGAUAUGGAAAUGUGCAGAUAUGGCCAGUGCCUUCAAAGAUAAGACUUUGGAUCCAUCGCUCCAGUGUGUUUCAGCUGACAGCCCUGAAGCUUGUAUGAAACUGAUACAGCAAAAAGAGGUCGAUGCAGUGACAUUGGAUGGAGGAGACAUUUACAAAGCUGGGAAGACAUACGGGUUGGUGCCAGCCGCCGGGGAGAGUUAUCCUGAGAGCAAUUUGUCCAGCAGUUACUAUGCAGUGGCCUUGGUCCAUAGAGACCCUUUGAAUGCCUUUACCAUUCAUGAUCUGAAAGGCAAGAAAUCCUGCCACACAGGCUAUGAGCGCACAGCUGGAUGGAACGUACCCAUAGGAACUCUCAUCAAGCGGGGCUCCAUGAAGCAAGAUGGAUGCAAUACUGCCAAAGCUGUGGCUACUUUUUUCUCUGAGAGUUGUGUACCAGGGGCCAACCAGAAAAAUAUGCCACCCGAACUGUGCAAACUCUGUAAAGGUGACAGCAGAGGACAAAACAAGUGUGAGAAGGAUUCUCGGGAACAAUAUUUUGGAUAUACUGGUGCAUUCAGAUGCCUGGCAGAGAAAGCUGGAGAUGUGGCCUUUGUAAAACAUUCAACUGUGUUUGAACUCACUGACGGAAAAAGCACAGAGUCCUGGGCAAUGAAUCUAAAGUCCAGUGAGUUUCAGCUACUGUGUCCCAAUGGAGCUCGGGCAGAAGUGAGCCAGUAUGCUGACUGUAAUUGGGCUCGGGUUCCAGCUCAUGCAGUUAUGGUUCAUCCUGAUACAAACAUACACGCAGUAUAUGGCCUCUUAGCUAAUGCCCAGGAGUAUUAUGGGGAUGACAGCAGCUCUCAGUUUAAAAUGUUUGAUUCAUCAGUUUAUAAUGCAAAUGACCUGAUCUUCAAGGACUCCACCGAUAAAAUAGUUCCUGUUCAAGAGAAGAAAACGUAUACCCAGUGGCUGGGCAGCAGUUACAUUGAAUCAUUGGAAAGCAUGCAGUGUUCUUCCAACGCAGCAAAUAACCAAGGAACUAUUAAUUUUUUACUAAUAAGUAUGCUCCUCUUCAUCACAUUCUGUGUAUAACUGCUGCCGGUUUAACCAGAACAUAACUGGAAAUUGCAGAGGUGCCAAAAAACCAUAAACCGUCACAAAUGAAGAAUCACAUCUUAUGGUAAUUCCUGUCGGUGUUCAGCUACAUUAUUGUCCUGCUAUUUACCUGUCCCUGGAGAGAAGACUGAAAUCCUCUAUUUAUUGUAGCAGCAUUUGCAGAUUACAAUUUUCAUGCAAAAGCAGAUACAUGCUCCAAAUUCUUUCAAUCACCUGUGAGUAUUGUAAUAUUCCUCUACAAUGUUGCUGUGUGCCAAAGCUAUCAUUCUAUUUAUGCGUGUCUAUUUGACACUGUGUGUUAAAUAUUAAAAACAGAUCCAGAAACGGAUAUAUAUUUUUACUGUUUAGUGAAAAUCUUUUUAUGGGUUUAUGCAUGUUUUUGCCUGUAUUAUGGUUUAUUACUAAAUAUUAUCAUUGAA